AACGCCCCGGGUAGAAGGCCGCGCUGGCCAAUGGCAGCAGUGUUAUUGCAGAGAAGUAGUAUUAUGCUAAUCGAUGUUUUGCUCGAACUCACUUGGUGAGAGCUUUAAAAAGCGAAGCAGCCCCAGGCAGGCUGUUAGAAGCGGAGCGAGGCUCGGAGGGAGGGAAGGAAGGCGAGCGAGUAGAAAUUGGGGGGUGCAAGCAGGUUGUUUUGCACGAAAGCCCUCGGCCCUUCUCUCCGCCUCUGAGGCUGGGAUUUUUACGAAAGCCACCUGGACCACCUCCUUCUCCUCGCCUCCCCGGGCGAAGGAACCUGCCCGCUUCCCUUCUAGCGAGCCGCCCGUCUUCCACCACUAUGUCCAACGUGCACCUCACGAACGCUUCGGCUCUGGAGUGCCUCGCGGCUCGCCGGACUUUCCCCUUGCACGCUCGUACCGGGGUGUGUCGGAACCUUUUCGGUCCCGUGGAUCAUGAGGAGCUCAGCCGGGAGCUGAAGAGUAAAUUGCGGGAGAUCUGCGAGGACAGCCAGAGGCGCUGGGACUACAACUUCCAAACCGAGACGCCGUUGGCUGGCUCAAGCAGGCUGCAGUGGGAAGAAGUGGAGGGCGGCGAGGUGCCCGCUUUCUAUCGGGAAACUCUGCAGGUGGGGAGGUGCCGCUUCCCGGUGCUGGUGAUCCGGUCGAAGUCCUCGCCGGGAAGCCCCGAGGCGGCGCCUCCCGAGACGGACCCCUGUGACUCCCCACCGGAGACCGGCGCUGCUUUGAACCCGUCCCCGCUCAGCCCUCAAGGCAAGAGGGCCACCUUUGAAAGCACUAUGCCGACGGGCGAGGAGCGCCUCAACCAGGAGAACCGGGCCGAUCAGCUCAACAGCAGCUACUCAGGGAUUAUAAUCAAACCUGUCCCGUGUGCCGCGGCGGCGGCGGCUCUGAAAAGGGCAUCGUCGGCUGGUGUAACUCACAUUACAGAUUUCUUCGCCAAGCGGAAAAGGGUCGUAGACUCGAAAGCGGCCGGAGAUCAUUCGAGCUCGCUGCCAGCUUCUGUCACGGCGGUGCCUGCCGAGCAGACCCCCCGGAAAAGGCUCCGAUGAAGCCGAGAUUUUGCACUAUAGAACACCGAAGUGAUUGUUUCCCUGGAAACGCAAGAGUUUAAGAGAGGCCCUUCCUCUCUGCACCUCCGAGGGACUGACUGGCAAGAGAGAAGACCAAGAGUUUGGAAGAAGAGUUGCCUUUUUUGGUUCAGUUUUUUUGUUUUGUUCCUCCUCUUCUUCUCUGCCUCAGAAGGAACUGCUUGUGCCUCCAUGUAGCAAAAGUGGCUGACCUACAAGCCACCUGACGGAGCAGUGUUAAUUUACAACUGUGCAAUGUAUUAUGUUUUAUAUAUAAAAAAGUAUUAUGCCUAAUGUGAGUACACUGGCCAGAAGUGUAAAAGCUUUAAAGUCACUUAUAUAAAUGUUUAAUCUCUGCUGAUUUUUUCAGUGCAAAAAUGUAUAUUUGUAAAGAAAAAACAAACAACAACUUAAAGAGUUCUACUAACUUAUAUUUUCUAUUUAUGUCAAAAGCGGAUAACUUCGGUUGAAACCCAGUAGUCUAUUCUGUGUUGUUUUUUUCCUUGUUUGGUUAAGCCAAAGGGCACUAUAUAUUUGCUUUUUUGUUGUUGUUAUUUACAAGAAUGUAAGUUUAUUUUUAUAGUGGGGUUUUUUCAUUCACAAAAUGUAGCUACGAAUCAAAAUUUUAGGUAUUACUUGAAAGAAAUCUGAUAAACAAGGUUCCUGAGCCGGUCUGUACCACUGCCAUUGCAAACCUAUGCCACAAUGUUAAAAUAAAAAGGAAUCAAGUGUCUGUA